UGCUGUCGGCCUCUUCAAUGACUUCAUACGGUAGUAUCACACUCAUCGUUUUAAAACAAUAACCGGCUUCCGGGGCGAAAACAUACAUCGAAGGGGGGUUACCUCGCGUUGUCUGAAUAGCCUACAAGGUGCUUCCAUCAGUGCCUGCCGCCCUUGAUUCUGUAAGGACCUGAAGAGAGAUAAUCAUCUAAUGGAGCGCAGAGUCUCUUCCGGGUAGAGAUGAACACAGGGAAACAUAAACUCUCACGUUGAGCUGAUGGCAUGUACCCGUCGGCGGGCAUCUCCUCGCGUAUCCAGCACGAGCGCUCGCGGGCGGAGGGCAUGGGGUCUCAGCAGCAGGCCGUGCUGUUCCUGGGUCAGGACUUCGAGGCGCUGCGGCGGCAGUGCGUGGAGAGCGGGGCGCUGUUCGAGGACCCCUGCUUCCCCGCCGAGCCACACUCGCUCGGCUUCAAGGAGCUGGCGCCACACUCCUCCAAGACCAGGGGAGUGGAGUGGGUCAGGCCCACGGAGCUGACAGACAACCCGCAGUUCAUCUUGGGUGGGGCCACACGCACGGACAUCUGCCAAGGGGCCUUGGGUGAUUGCUGGUUGUUGGCUGCGAUCGCGUCUCUGACGCUGCAUGAGAAGCUGCUGCACAGAGUGGUGCCUCAUGGACAGAGUUUCCAGGACGACUACGCCGGGAUCUUCCACUUCCAGUUCUGGCAGUUUGGGGAGUGGGUGGACGUCGUCAUUGACGACCGUCUGCCGGUGAAGGACGGGGAGCUGAUGUUCGUGCACUCAGCCGAGGGCAACGAGUUCUGGAGCGCGCUCGUGGAGAAGGCCUACGCCAAGAUCAACGGCUCGUAUGAGGCGCUGUCGGGCGGCUCCACCACGGAGGGCUUUGAGGACUUCACGGGGGGCGUGUCUGAGAUGUACGAGCUGAAGAAGGCGCCGCGAGACCUGCACCGCGUCAUCAGCAAAGCCCUGGACAGAGGAUCACUGCUGGGAUGCUCUAUUGACAUUACCAGUGCCUUCGAUAUGGAGGCCAUCACCUUCAAGAAGCUGGUGAAGGGACACGCCUACUCAGUCACCGGACUAAAACAGGUGGACUACCGGGGCCGAAUGGAGCGUCUGAUUCGCAUACGGAACCCCUGGGGUCAGGUGGAGUGGACCGGCGCCUGGAGCGACAGCUCCUCUGAGUGGGACUCUAUUGACCCUUCUGACCGAGAGGACAUGCACUGCCGCACAGAGGACGGAGAGUUCUGGAUGUCGUUUGAUGAGUUCAAGCGUCAGUUCUCUCGGCUGGAGAUCUGUAAUCUGACGCCGGACGCGCUGAGCGAUGACGGCAUGAGCUUCUGGAACACCAUCAAGUUCCACGGCACCUGGAGGAAAGGCAGCACGGCCGGAGGAUGCAGGAACAACCCCAACACGUUCUGGAUUAACCCUCAGUACAAGAUCACUCUGCUGGAGGAGGACGAUGACCCGGAGGAUGACGAGGUGGCCUGCAGCCUGCUGGUGGCGCUCAUGCAGAAGGACCGCCGCCGCUACAGGAAGCAGGGACAGGACAUGCACACCAUAGGGUUCGCCCUCUACGAGAUUCCUGAAGAAUUCCGUGGGUGUCCGAGCGUCCACAUGAAGAAGGACUUCUUCCUGCGCCACUCGUCGUGCGCGCGCUCCGAGACCUUCAUCAACCUGCGUGAGGUCAGCAACCGUAUCCGCCUGCCGCCCGGCGAGUACCUGAUCGUGCCCUCGACCUUUGAAGCCAGCAAGGAGGCCGACUUCGUGCUGCGCGUCUUCACCGAGAAGCAGUCGGACACGCAGGAAAUGGAUGAUGAUGUGACCUUCAACAUCGAGGAGGACGAGGAGGUCUCGGAGGAGGACAUUGACGACUCCUUCAGGACCAUGUUCGCUCAGCUCUCUGGAGAGGACAUGGAGAUCUCUGUACGGGAGCUCAGGACCAUCCUCAACAGAGUCGUGUCUAAACACCGUGACCUGAAGACGGACGGCUUCAGCAUGGAGUCGUGUCGGGGGAUGGUCAGUCUCAUGGACAAAGACGGCAGCGCCCGCUUGGGCAUCGUGGAGUUCCAGAUCCUCUGGAACAAGAUCAGGAAGUGGCUGGGAAUCUUCAGGCAAUAUGACCUGGACAAGUCUGGUGCUAUGAGCUCAUAUGAGAUGAGGAUGGCCAUGGAGAAUGCAGGCUUUAUGCUCAACAACAAGCUGACUCAGGUGCUGGUAGCCCGCUACGCCGAAAACGAGACCAUCGACUUCGACAACUUUGUGUGCUGCCUGGUCAAGCUGGAGGCCAUGUACAAAGCCUUCCUGGAGCUGGACAAGGACGGCACCGGUGUGGCCGAGCUCAACCUGACUGAGUGGCUGUACAUGGCCAUGUGUGGCUGAAGGAGAAGACCAAGACAACACCAGAGGAGCUCUACACCCCCCCCACCCCCCCACCACCACCCACUCCUCUUAUCCCAACAAUAAAUCCCCCCCCCCAAAAAAAAAAAACUCCCUAAAAUAUACCUCUACUUCAAUAAAAGUGCCACCUCUGCCCUCUCUUCAACACCCGCUCUCCUCCCUGUACCUCCUCCUAACCUAUUCAAUACGCCACCUCUCCAGUAGAGGGCCCCCUGCUGCUUCUGCUCCACUGGACGGCGCGGCCCCCUCAGGCCUGAGUGACCUCCAGACUAGAGUACUCCAAUCCACUGGAGGGCGCUGUUCUACUCUUCUCAGAUACCAAAUACACACUGCCUUACUGCCCAGCACAGCCUCACUCUCUGGGUGCCUC